AUGUAUGUUGAAGCGGUAUGACUUUAAGUCAGGCGGACAUGAAGCUACCUAAGGGUCCUCAGGAUACCGGAAGUGCACCCGGAAUACUGGAGCAGGAUGUGUAUUUUUAUGACGCAGCUGAAACGCUCCAGGAUUUUACAGAUGGCCCUGAGAAACUCUGAUCCCACGAAGCAGGAUGGCAGAGAUGAGCUAUUUCUCCUGCGGGCGAUAAAGAUCGCGUUUGUGGUGGCUUUGUACUGGUUUGUGUCCAUCACCAUGGUCUUCGUCAACAACCAUCUGCUGGACAGUAAAGAGCUGGACGCGCCUCUGUUUGUCACGUGGGUCCAGUGCGUGGUGAGCGUGGGGCUGUGCUGGAUCAUAAGCCUGGUGUCCUUGGUGAAGCCGCUGUGUGCGGACUUCCCCGCCAUGAAAGUCGACCUGAACGUGUCCUUGCAGAUUUUACCCCUCUCUGUCGUGUUCGUCGCCAUGAUCGCGUUUAAUAACCUGUGCCUGAAACACGUGGGGGUCGCCUUCUACACGGUGGGACGGUCACUGAGCACGGUGUUCAACGUCCUACUGAGCUACGUCAUCCUCAAACAGACCACGUCACUGUACGCGAUGCUGUGUUGUGGCAUCAUUCUGGGUGGUUUUUGGCUUGGUGUGGAUCAGGAAGACGCCGCUGGCUCCCUCUCCUGGAUUGGGGUGGUGUAUGGGGUCCUGGCCAGCGCAUGCGUCUCCUUAAACGCCAUUUUCACCAAGAAAGUGAUGCCCGUGGUGGAUGGAAGCAUCUGGAAGCUGUCGUACUAUAACAACCUAAACGCAUGUGUCCUCUUCCUCCCUCUGAUCACCAUAUUCGGAGAGCUGCCGCGUGUCUUCAGCUUCAGCCGCGUCUCGGACGGCCACUUCUGGGGCAUGAUGGUCCUUGGGGGCUUCUUUGGCUUUGCUAUUGGCUACGUGACAGGCCUGCAGAUUAAAUUCACCAGCCCUCUGACACACAACGUGUCGGGAACGGCGAAGGCGUGUGCGCAGACCGUCAUCGCUGUCGCACUCGAGCACUCGCACAAGAGUUGGCUGUGGUGGAGCAGCAACAUGAUGGUCCUGGGAGGCUCGUUCGCCUACACCUGGGUCAAAGGACUCGAGAUGAAGAAAGGAAGCACGAGUCAGGAGACUCCAGUAACAGCAGAGAAAACUAAAACAGACACAGGGGUAUGAAGACUGAAAAAGUGUUGUGUUUUUUUUUUUUUUUUUUUUUUUAAUAUGAUACACUGGACUAAAGGAUAGAAGAAUAAAAAGUAUUUAUAUACUUAUAAUAUUUAUAUAUAAUAUUGGGAAUGAUAAUAUCUGAUUUACUGGAACAGGUCACAAGAGGUUUAAAGAGAUCGAGAGUACUGAUAGCGUAUACACUCCCAAAAGACUGAUUACGUUUACAUGGACAGCAGUAAUCUAAUUAUUGACCUUAUUCUGAAUAAGACAGUAUUCUGAUUAAGGUGUUUACAUGAGUCGCUUUUAGAAUUUUCCUUUCAUGUAACCGUUUUAUGGUAUAGAACACAGAUGGAUUAACAGCACACGUCAUUACGUCCCCACGCCACGCCGUCCGACGUCCCUCCAGAAUUCCACGUAUCGACGUACAGUUGGUCUUUGUUUCAUUUUUAAUCUUACAAAAGCUUCAAGUGUGCUUAAUUAUUUGUCAUGCUGUACAUGCAAAUAGACGACUGCUUGAAGCCGUGAGCUGCGUCCCAAACCACGUACUUACCUACUGUAUAGUAGCUGAGAUACAUGUAUUUCACCUGCUAUAUAGCAGGUAGGUACGCCGUUUCGGAUGCAGCCGUGCUCUCUUGAACCCCUGAGAAUAUACAUGCACACUGUGCUCUUACGGACUUAAAGGUUUGACGAAUGUGUGAGACGUUAUAUUUUAGGAUUUUGUUCCUUAUUUGAGGUUUAUUUUUAUCAUCUGCUCUGAAUGUAGGGAUAUGAUGUGGUUAAAUAUAUGUUCGUAUAAAUGACUUUUUAUUUGCAAAUAAUGUGUAACUUAGAUGCUGUGUUUUUUUUUUAAUGAAGACACUAAAAGAUGUGAUUUCCGUAUUUAAAUGAGUGCACCCUUUGAUGACAAUCACAUUUUCUUUCUUUUUAUUUUAUCCAUCCCGCUCCUGGACCCUAGGACCACUGUCCCAGCUCAUCUGAUUAAACUCCUCAGCUAAUUAACAGCUCUGGGCAAGGCACAAACAAAUGUCAAACCCAUCUACUUAACUGUUAGAGGUCUAAUCCUGGGAGGGGAGGAAGGUCUAAUCUAGCUGCACCUUUAAUUAGGUGUUUAAACAAUAUGUCUAAUCUUUUGAAGGUGCAAAAUGUUUUGUAAUACAAAUGAUAAAAUAAAAAAAGUAAAACGGG